UGACCCGGAGCUGCAGAGCGACGCAGUCUUCGGUGCAGUCGUCACUUCUCUCUGGGUACCAGCUCCCCGCUGCCCUGCGCACGGCGGGCUGGCAUCGGGCCGGGGGAAAGCCGAGCAGGUCUGUGGGUCUGUGUCAAGUGUACAGCGGUGCACUCGCGGCGACAAUCCAGAAGAGGUGGAGGAGACAGCAAGGAUGGGCCCAGGAGGAAUGGCGUCCGAAGAGGAACAAGUGGCAAAAAAUAUCAACGCGGAAAAUGCCAACCAGGAAAAUGAAAAAAAGGAUGAAAAGGAGCAAGAUGUUAAUAAAGGAGAGCCCUUGGCUCUCCCUUUGGCAGCUGGUGAAUACUGUGUGCCUAAAGGAAAUCGUAGGCGGUUCCGUGUCAGGCAGCCAAUCCUGCAGUAUAGAUGGGAUGUGAUUCAGAGGCUUGGAGAGCCACAGGCAAGGAUGGGAGAAGAGAAUAUGGAAAGGAUUGGGGAGGAGAUGAGGCAACUCAUGCAAAAGCUGAGGGAAAAGCAAUUGAGUCACAGUCUGUGGGCAGUUAGCACUGACCCCCCUCACCAUGACCAUCAUGAUGAGUUUUGCCUUAUGCCUUGAAUGCUCAUAUUGUCCUUGAAGUUAAUAGAGAGACACCUGCUUUCUAAACAUACAUGUUAGUAAUUUACCUUUGUUGUAAACCUUUGAUGUCAUUAGUUUCUGGUGGGUCUCUUUACCAGCUUCUAGUUAAAUGUUGUCUUUUUAAUCCAGUCUGUAAGAUUUUGUUAGGAGAAUUUUACCUAUUGCAUGGAAAGAUGCUUAUUUUAGAUUGUAAAGUUAUAAAGCAGUUUUAAAAAACAA